AUGUCGCCUAUGCACCUCGGGAUGCCACUUGCAAGAUUUGCCAUUGUCGGCAGAAAGCUAGUGACCACCAUUCACCAUGCCAUUGCGGACUCUCAUAGCCUUCUAUAUCUCUACGAGGAUGCUUGGAAGAUCUACCAGGGAGAGUCACCUCCUCCGCGGGCGCCGUUUAGAGAAUUUGUUGAUUACUGCAAAAGCAUCGACAGUAAGAGUGCAGCGGCAUUCUGGAAGUCCCAAUUCAGCGAAAGUGCGCCAGGAGUAUUUCCCACCGUACCUUCUGGUCACCUAAUAAAGGCGUCGCAAACAGCCGCCCACACCAUUUCACUCGCAAAGAAACCCCCAUUGCCUCUUCUCCCCGCGUAUAUUGAGGCCGCGUGGGCUAUGACGGCCGCCGAUUACACGGGGAGCGAAAAUGUUGUCUUCGGCUAUGUCAUGUCGGGCCGUACCGCUAUCGGGGGCGCCGAGACGACCCUAGGCCCCACCAUCUCCACCGUACCGAUGCAGGUGCAGCUCAACGCCAGCGCCAGUAUAGAGCAGCUUCUCAAAUCCAGAACCCAGUUCCGGCGAUCACUGUUGGCAAGCCCUUUCUUGCAAUACGGGCUAGCGAACAUCCGCCACACCGUGAGCGACGAGGCUCAUGUAGCCUCUGGUUUUCAAACGCUGCUCGAUAUCCUCUCCGUGGACGAGACACAAGCCAAUGCCCCUGGUCUAACACUCGAGAGAACAAUUCAUACAUAUGUACAUGGCCUGACGCUUAUGUGCAAGAUUGCAGGGGAGGAUAUCCUUGUAAGGGCCGACUUCGACAGCAUUGUUCUUCCUGACGCUCAAGUCCAACGAAUUUUACGGCAAAUGGAGCAUCGCCUGAAGGCGCUGAUUAGGUCCCCUCCAUCGACCGAACUCAGGAAUUUGUCUCCUCUGAAUCUUAGUGAUACCAUCGAGAUCUUGGAUUGGAACAGCAACGUUCCCGAUGCGGUAAAUCAAUGUGUGCACGACAUCUUUACUUCGCAAGCAAGCCGAAGGCCAGAUGCCGCGGCCGUGCACGCCUGGGAUGGGCAAGCGACGUACCACGAACUGGACGUCAUGUCAGACAAUCUGGCCCACGAGCUGCUGCUUCGCAAGAUCAGCCCCGAAGUGCCAAUUGCAUUCACUCUAGAGAGGUCUCUUUCUGCAGUGGUUGCUGUAUUGGGGAUCAUGAAAGCCGGCGGAGCUUGCUUACCGAUCGAGUUGUCCUUCCCAAGGGCUCGCAAAGAUGCGAUUGUUCGUGUUGUAGGAGCUCGACUGAUUGUUACUUCCUCAACCCAUGAAGCGGUGGAAGGGUGCGAAUCCAUCAUCUUAGACCUCCACCGGGUCGCUCAUCGUGGCGUAGACAUACGCAGAAGAAUAAACAGAGACCCAGCGCGAGCAGCUUACAUCCUAUUCACUAGUGGCAGUACUGGGGAGCCAAAAGGCGUUGUCCUGGAGCAUCGCUCGCUCGCAACAUCGUAUACCGCGAUCUGCAAUCGUGUUGGUUGGUCCUCGGGGACCCGAAUUUUGCAGUUUUCGUCACCAGCCUGGGAUGCGUUUGCAUUAGAAGUGUUGGGCCCUCUAAUGGUCGGCGGAUGUAUCUGCAUCCCUUCCAACAUAUCCCGCGAAUCAGCACUCGGAGAGUAUAUCAAUUCGGCGAGAGUUGACUCCGUCCUCCAGACGCCCACUGCUCUUCGAAAUCUCACGCCUGACGACAUGCUUCCAAGCCUUAAAUCGCUAUUGGUGGGUGGCGAACCGAUCCCCGAGAACGCUUAUAAAACCUGGGGCAGCAAGGUGCGUCUUUAUAAUAUCUGGGCCCCAUGUGAGACAUCAACCAUUUCUACUAUUGCCGAUCUUAGUCCACUAUCCGUUUACCCAACCUCCAUUGGGACUCCAGUGGGUGGUGCUGUGUGGAUAGUCGAUAGAGAUGAUCCUAGCAAGCUUUUGCCCAUCGGUGCCGUGGGCGAGAUGCUGGUUGAAGGGCCGGGUGUAGCGCGAGGAUAUCACAACAAUCCUACCCAAACUGCGUCUUCCUUCAUAUCUCCGCCACCCUUCAUCCCGAUGCGCCCAAACGCCUCCUCUCCUAAGGUCUAUCGAACUGGUGACCUAGCAAGGUAUAAUCCUGAUGGGAGUAUCGCGUUUGUCGGCCGACGAGACAAUCAGAUUAAGCUCCGAGGGCAGCGAUUUGAGAUGGAAGAUGUCGAGCAGGUACUCGGGCGCCACGGCUGCACUUGCGCGGUUGCAGUAGUGAAUUUCAAGUUGCCACGUCAGGAGCGCGAGGACCUCGUUGCGUUCGUGACGUUGUCUGCAGUCCCUGGCUAUCAUCCCUCGCCUCAAAGCACGGACGAUGAGCUGCCGGCAGUUCCCCUCAACGAGGAUAUACGCAACCAACUGCAGACUCUUCACGACUUUACCAGAGGCCAGUUGCCUCCCUACAUGGUGCCAACGGCAUGGGUGGUCGUCAGGCACUUACCAAAACUGACAUCCACAAAAAUCGACCGGGUAAAGCUCAGACAGUGGCUACAUGAAGUCGACCUUUCAUCAGCUAGGGUUAUCAUGAGGCAGUUUGGGGAUGGAAGACGCACCCAUGGCUUGACGCCGCCAGCAAACCCGCCAGAGAGGGCCUUGCAACUUGCAUGGUCCUCUGUACUAGGCGUGGAAGAGGACCACAUCGGACGUGAAAGCUCUUUCUUGAGCCUUGGCGGCGAUUCUAUAACAGCAAUGCAAGUUGCAUCCCGGUGCCACAAACAGGGCUUCUCCAUCAGAAGCACUGCGCUGUUGCGUGCUGGGACACUCGCGGAAGCUGCCAGUGAGAUCAAGGAACCGACUGACGCCUCUGCCCCAUCCCCAUCGCCGAUAUCGAGAGAUUUGCCCUUGCAGAAAUCGAAUCACGACCGUGGCUUACAAGGCCAUCUCCAUCCCACCAGCCUGUGUGUCCCUCGAGACAAUGUGGAGGCCAUUUAUCCCUGCACCGCUCUACAGGAGGGCUUGCUUCUGGCUCGCAUGAAGCACAACGGGGACGAGCGGGAGUACAAUAACCGCUUUGCGUUCAGACUGACGACUCGAUGCGGUAUAAAAGUCGAUAUCACUAGGGUUAGCAACGCGUGGAAAGCCCUUUGUGCAGCUCAUCCUAUCCUUAGAACCAUCUUCGUCCCGGGCCUUUCCCAGAACGGUGCCUUUCAACAAAUUGUUUUGAAAGAUAGCGCGCCGUCCAUAUCCAUACACCGAGUCCAGGCAAACUGCUCUGACACUACUGAGCUGUUUAGACAUCAAGAAAGAUUACCUUUUGCGCACACCCAGCCGCCUCAUCGCUUGUCUCUGUACGAAGGGGUCGGCAAAGCCGUCUAUGCCAUUCUGGAGAUUAGCCACGCAAUAUUCGAUGCAAGAACACUACGAAUAAUCUUGGCGAAUAUUGCGACGGGAUACACAUCAUGCAGGGCCAUUAAAAAGGGACGAAGCUUCUCCGACUAUGUAGCCCGGGAGCAGGAACGAGAAGAGGUUGGACGCCAAUACUGGAAGACGUAUCUGGCCGGGGCCCAGCCUUGCAUUUUGCCUCGGGAUUCAGCGAUGGAGGAGACGAGCUCUUCCAUUAGGGGUCUAGAGGUGCCGUGCCAGAAUGCUCCUGGCCUCUUGGCAUUCUGUCGCAGUCAAGGGGUGACCAUUGCAAACUUCAUUCAAGCAGCUUGGGGUGUUGUUCUGCAACUGUAUACUGGACUUUCUUCGGUCUACUUUGGAUGUUCCCGAUCCGAUCAGGACAGACUGGAUGGCGGAGAAGACAUUCUGGGCCCGUUGAUCACAAUGAUGGUUUGCAAGUUCAGUUUCGAAGACCGCUCGGUGUCAGGCGUGCAUCUACUUCAAAUUGCCAGAGAGGAUGCCGCUCGUGCGAUGGAACAACCUGGUUGCUCUUUGUCUCGAUUGCAUGACGAUCUUGCCCUCUCAAACUCGCCGCUUUUUGACACUAUCAUGACCGUCGCGCAUGCCUGGCCGGCAGACCUUGCACCCGGUGAAGGAGAUCUCGUGAUAGAGCACACCGACAGCGAAGGUACAACAGAAUAUUCCAUCAUUGUCACCGUUGGCUAUUCCAAGGACAGUUUGAAUAUUCACCUCGCAUAUCAACGUGCACGCCUUUCAGACUCGUUGGUCGAGUGCAUCGCUAGGACAUUUGCCCAAGUCAUCACAAGAAUCAUAGCGAGUCCGGAAGAGCCUGUACUGCAGGCACUGCAGCCCGAAAUGCCGGAGUCGUGCCUGACCCUAAGCCGCGCUGACAUGUCACUUCUCCAGCGCUGGAACACCCCGGCUCCACUGGCGUUCAAGGAAUGUUUCCCUCAACGAGCGCGGGAGGUCGCCCGCCAGCGUCCCCUUGCCCCUGCUGUCUGCUCCUGGGACCAGAAUCUUGACUACUGUCAGCUGGACCUGCUGUCUGACUAUCUGGCCCACAAGAUCAUUGCACAGUACGGUAUAGGAGCAGAAGCAGUGGUGCCGUUUGCCUGCGAAAAGGCGGCCAGCGCGAUUGUGAUUCUUCUUGCCAUCUCAAAAACCGGCGCUGCCUUUCUUCCUCUCGAUAUUACCCACCCUCCUGAACGGCUUGCGACAGUUGUGGCCGAUUCAGGUGCUUCGCUAAUAAUCGUGAACACCCCUGAACUACGUAACAAGAUGGCAGCCUGGACUCGGCAGAGUAUAUUCCUUGCUCGACUCGACGAUAUAGUCGAGGAGACUUCGGUUGAACAAACCCUCAAGAUUCGCAGCGACCUGAAGUCUGUGACGAUUGAACCAUCAAACGCAGCCUAUGUGGUUUACACUUCUGGCAGCACUGGAAAACCAAAGGGAGUCUUGGUGGAGCAUGGAAACCUUGCCGUUGGCGCUGAAGAGCACGCGCGGCGGAUAGGAAUAACGGCACGGAGCAGAGUGCUACAGCUGGCCAGUUUCGCAUUCGACCUAGCCAUUGGUGACGUUGUGUAUGCACUGUGCUCCGGCGCUUGCUUGUGUGUGCCAUCGGAAAGCGACAGGAAUGGAAACAUUGCUGGUGUAAUCAAUCGCCUGCACGCAAACUUCCUGUUCACUACACCGACCCAACUCUCUGUCCUGACACCCGAAGAAGUGCCAACAUUGCGAACCGUGUCGGUGGGAGGAGAACCGGUGGGGCGGCAUAUCAUCGAGACCUGGACGCCACAUGUCCGACUGGUCAUUCCGUAUGGACCUGUUGAAGCGACAAUAAUCGUAAGCUGCAGAGACGUUACCAGCGGCGACCAGGAUGGCCGAGAUAUCGGGCAUCCAUCAAGCUGCCGAUUUUGGGUUGUUGAUCCCGACAAUCGCGACAGCUUGGUUCCAAUCGGUACACCCGGCGAGCUUGUCAUCGAAGGUCCGGUUGUGGCUCGUGGCUAUCUUCAUACUUCGGAUGCUACGGGGUCUGCUUUUAUAGAUCCACCCGCUUGGUCCAACGCUCAGGAGUUUGCGUCGCUUAAUCUUGCUUCCCGGAGAUUUUACAAGACCGGCGAUUUGGUGACCCAAGUCGGGGAGAAGUCCUUCCUGAUUGAAGGUCGAAAAGAUACUCGGGUCAAGCUUCACGGUCAGAGGGUGGAGCUGGGAGAGAUUGAGUACCACUUAAGCCACCGCGUAGAGCCGGGUUGGCAUUGGGCCGUGGAUAUCAUCCAGCCUCGCGGUGGUAAAGACCCUUGUCUCGCAGCUUUCUUUGUAACCGACAAGUCAAACAUUAUGGAGACUCCGACCCCGGCCAGCGGGCAUGAGCUGCUCGAGCCAUUGGCGGAGCAUGCUUCAGCAGCGAAAGAGACACUGAAGCACGUCCUCCCAGCGUAUAUGGUUCCGGAAUAUUUCAUACGCAUCCGAGCCCUUCCCAUGCUGUCGUCCCUCAAGACAGACCGGAAGGCCUUGCGCACAAUGGCCGCCGGUCUCUCCAGAGCUGAGUUGCUAGCGUACCGCGUGCGUGAGAGUGUGUCAAACAUUGGACAUGCCCAUUCCAAUCCGGCUAAAACACAAAAAGAAGUCACAGAUGAUCAAGCUUUCAUGCAACAGGCCUGGGCUGAUGUGCUCGGCAUAUCAUCCGACGAGAUCGGCUGCGGCGACAACUUCUUCGACAUUGGUGGCAACUCCAUCCGUGCAAUCCACCUCAUCGCAAGGUUACGGAAAUCCGGACACAAGCUUUCAGUCGAGGAGGUGUUUCGAGCUCGUACGUUGGCGCAUAUGGUCUCCAAAACUUCCGUUUCUAAUGCCCAGUCGGGUGAUCAACCGACAAGCACUCCUCCCGCCGCAUUAGACACGGAGAGUAUUCCUCACCUUAUGCACUUGGCUGAGAAGUUUCCAUGGUUACAACGCGAUAAUAUCGAGAGUGUAGCCCCCGCCACUGACGCCCAAGCCUGGAUGCUCGAUGUGAGUGAGAGGGCGGGCCGCGGAUUUGAUAACGGUCUGACACUGAUACCUUUGCCUGGACAUGCUCUGAGUCGCCCCAAGCUUCAGAGGGCGUGUCAAGAAGUCCUCCGGCAGCAUCCCAUCUUACGAACAGUGUUUGUCUGUUGCGAAUCUCAAGUCCUACAGGUUGCCCUCCGGAAACCCCCAAUCGAACAAGUCCAUACGGACAAAGGACCGCCGAAGCUCAGCUCGUCGAGCAUUCUUAAUAGACUUCCGACCUUUUACCUGACCAGUGAUAGCGGUUCUACUUCAUGUCGGAGCCUUGAAUUGAGAAUUCAUCACGCGCUUUACGAUGCCAUUUCACUGGGCCAUCUGCUGGAUGACUUGGGCGCAGCCUAUAAGGGCCGGGACCUUGUGACGAGACCGACGCAGUAUCACGAAUGGAUAUCGCAUAUCAAGGCUAAGGAGACAACCGAUACGUACAUUUUCUGGAGGGAACUUCUUCGCGGGUCCAUGCCAAGGUCUCUGGUGUCUCGUCGAUCCAACUGGUCUGCACCCGGAAAUCCAACAGAUUCCAAAAUCUGCUUCAAAACGCGUGUCGACGCCAUUCCAGUCUCUUAUGGCACUGAUGCAACCGUCUUCAACGCUGCAUGGUCCCUUGUUCUUUCUCAAGUCCUCGAGAAGCAAGAUGUCGUGUUUGGUUACAUCAGCGCAAACCGCAGCUGCGCUUUACCUGGCGUCGACCAGAUUGUUGGUCCAUGCAUCAAUAUAUUACCCGUGCACGCCCGCUGCAACGGGGACAUAACCGCGGCAUCUCUGGUGGCGGAGCUGCAACGACAGUCAACAGACUCAAUCCCUCAUCAGCAUGUCGGGCUCUUGUCGAUCCUGAAAAACUCCACGGACUGGCCGAAAGGUACAUUGAAUUCCCUUGUGGCCUUCCAGAACCACGAGGCUAUUGAUGAUAUUGUCAAGCUGGGUGAUGUUGACUGCGCUUUAUCAGCAAACGGUCGUGUUGGAAAUAGCGCUGAGGUGUGCCUUGGAAUUGAGCCACAGCCGGACGGCCAGGUUGGCAUCACCCUUCAAUAUUCGUCAGUGAGCAUGCCUCAUGAGAAGGUGCUUUGGAUGGGGGCUUAUCUGGAUGCCGCAUUGCAUGCAUUCCCUACCCACUGGACAAAGACAAUUGACCAACUUAGGCACCAUAUUGAUGCCAACUGCAAUUUCCCACGCCCACCCGAAAACGGCGAGCUGAAGGGUGGUGCAAUACCGCAUAACAACGCCGGCACUGGCAGAUUCAUCAUCGAAGCAGCAUCAUGA